AACUUACCGGUUCGUUCUUCAAUUGUUCGUCGGCUCUUGCAGGUAGAGGAGAGGUAGAACGCGCGCGGUUUAGCGCGUAUUUUCAACGGUACAAAAAACAUCGCCAUGUGACAAAAAUGAGACAGUGAUUGUGUGUGAAAGAAGUGUGUUUUAGUGUUUUGUGUGAUGCCCUUCGUGCAGCGGUUUGUCGAGCCCAAAUUUUUGAGCAGAGCUCAACUUUUUGACGACGAUGGCCAUCCUAAAAUCGGUGAUUUCGAAUUGGAAGCCGUUGCCAAUAACACAUUGUGUAAUGCCCUCCGACAACUUGCUUCGUUGUUAUUGGCGGCUAAUGAUAUUUUCGAUGAUUUGGGACAACAAUUGGAAGAUAUUAAAAAGAGAUCAGAAAAUCUCAAGGUUAGAAUUAAAGAGAUGGAGGGAACUGUGGAGAAGUUUGAUCCAAAGGAGGUUACAGUGCCUGAAAGCGAUAUCGCUUCAUUUGCCGUAUUCAAAAACCACUUCACUGCCAAACAACCCCUCGUGACGAAUCUUUUUGUCCCCGAUACUCGGCCAACAGCGUUACGAACCCUUUAUGAAACGGCCACCAAAACUCCCGUACAUCUUAUGCGCCAACUCGAUAGAUGGCGUCGCGAUGGAUUUCGAAGUUCCAGAUUCUUUGUAUGUACCCCAGUGCUUGGUGCCAAGAGGAGGAAAAUUAGGACGAAGGUUGAUAUCGAUAUCGAAACUAGUAUGCCCGCUGCAAUCGAGGAGCUGCGGCGCUGGACUUCAAAUGAAGCUUUGGGCGACGUAACUGUAACUCCAGAUUGCGCUAGUCGUAUCACCAGCACUACUUUCACAGAUGGAAAAACUACAGAUGGUACGAUUGCCUCAGAUGAUGAGGGUAUCGAUCAUAAACUACCGUCCCCUGAGGAGCAACUCCAAGUCGUUGCACUCAAGUUCCCUGCGGAAAUAGUAGCAGUCGACAUUACCGGCAAAAACUUCGAUCGAAUGUCUUUGCAACGGCGAUCUUUAAAUCAGUUGGGUCAACUACCUGUUAAAGCAGCAGAUGGCGCAACGGACGAAACAAAUAUUAAACGACGAUCUAGAACUAGAAGAACGCGCAGCAGGCGGAGAAAUACUUUGGCAGGAACUGAUCAGAAAGAAAUUAGAGAUGCGUUAACAGCUGGGGAGGAACCAUCCUCACCAACAAUUAGCCACGAGACUGAAUGUUCCACAUCUGGUGCUGUAUUAAGAAGUAAAAGUAGCGACAUCUUACGAACAUCUAAAAAAGAAUCACCGGAACCGAAGAAAUCACAUUUCAACACUUUGAAACAAUGGGGAAAAAGUAGAUACGAUAAAUUCAUGAACAAAAGUUCCGAAGGAAAAUGCGAAAAUAAAACUAGAGAUAGUAAAGAAAGUAUUGAUGAUAUCAAUGUCUACGAAACAGUCACUACAAAACGUAAGAGAGAUAUAGAAAAAGAAAGAAGAACACACGAACGAAACUCUUCUAUAUCUUCCUCUGAAAAAUCCAGUAUAAAUGUACCCAUUUCGAAUCCGUUGUCUUCAGUUAUGAAUAUAGCUGUAAAAUUGAGAGAUAGUUCAGCUCAAAGGAGAUUGAAGAGGCUAGGAAACAGAGAGGAACCUCAUUCUUCCAGUGGAAAUUGGAGUGCUAGUUCUGAAAGCGGUAGAGCUUCUAUUGGUUCAGAGAUAACAUCUACAACUCAUCCAAAAUCGACAGCUUCGACGACCACAUCCAGUAAUUCCUUGAAUCAACAACAACAACCUGGCUCGGUGAAUAGCAGAAGAAGAUUUAACGUAAACACGUCCACAUCUGGAAGCGUCACCAGUGAAGGCACUUUAACACCUGAUAUUAUUCACGAUUUACAUGAAGAUGGCGAAACAAGCUCAGUAUAUUCUUGUGAUACAGAGGGUUAUUAUACUUCCUUCCACAUGGAUAGCGGUCUUAAGACUCUCAAAGAAGAAGACACACCGCCUACACCUUUACAUUCCACAUCAGCAUUUUCAAAUUCUGACUCAAACAAUACAGUAUUAUCAGCUGAGAACGAAUACGAGCUGUUUGGUAAAGGCUCUACUUCGACGACAACUAGCUCUGCAGGUACCGUCUGCACAACUUUAAGAGCUGCCGAUAGCAAUAAAUCUCUAGUUAUAGGCCCAGCAGUACCUGAGAGAAAAAGUUCUUUAUCAAAAUUGUCCAACAAGUCUAACGAAAGUACAUUAGAAAGAGAUUUCAGUGAUAAAACGGGCACCGUCAAAAGAAGUCCUGCUGCGAAUAUUAAACCUGUGGUUGUAGCUAUUAUCCAUAAACAAAAUGACGGAGAUGUAUCGCCGGAUAGUGGGCACAAUACCUCUAGUUCCCCUAUAGAGUCAAUCAGUAGCCCUAACGGUGUUAGAAGUGGUUCAGAUUUCGAAUUUUCUGAAUCUUCUGAUAUGGAAGGCCCAGAAAGAAUAGAACGAAUCAGAGUAAAAACUACUAUUAACUCAAGUCGUAUUCCGUCUAUGUGUGUUAUAACACCACCUCACAGUGAUGAUGAAAGUGAAAAUAGCAGUAAUUCGUCUCACAAAAACUAUGAAAACCAACUUAUAGAAAACAAUGCGGUCAAUAGAAAAAAUAAUGAUGUUGAAAAUAAAAGCGAAUCCAGUAACAUUCAGCAUAUUAUUAGCACAUCAGUAAAUGGUACAAAUAAGUUAUCAUUAGUAAGUGUUAAUCCGCAAUCAGGUUAUGCCACAAUAGAAAGAUUAGAUCAACCAGAUGGUGCAAUUGUAACUACUGAAACUAAAUCCAGUACUAUGCGAGCUCCAAGUCCUAGUGGAGGAACUGUAACUGUAAAAGAAGAAAUAAAAACAUCACCUCCUCAGCCUAUAAUUAAAGCGUCUUUACUACCUUUAAACAAUAUGCUGGGUAGACUCAAGUCAAAUAUAGUGAAUUUCGCUCAUAAACGGGAUCGAAGUAAAUCACCAAACGCUAAUAAAGAUCCAUCACUAAAUAAGUUGGAGGAUAAUCUAUUUGACGCUGGAGAAUACGUAACAAUAGCUGACGUGAGAAAUAAUAAUGAAAAGUCUGUAGUUAUUACAGAAAAUCAACACACCAACUAUAUCCAGGAUAUUGUAAAUAAAAAUUUAACUACAGUUUUAUCGGGGAAAAUAAGAGACGCAGAAUACGUGAGUCUCAAUGAACUACCCUGCAAUGAAAAUAAUAAUAUAACAACUACUACUUCAGUGGAUUCUUUAGAACGAAAAAGACUAGGUGCUAGGGUUCUGCUAGACGCCGAAGGAAAAGUUGUCUAUAGUUCAGAUAGCUUGAGAAGAAAAGGUGCUCAUACUACUUUUGAGCCAGGAAAAAAUGUUAAACCAACCAACAGUCCGUCUCCAAGUCCCUUACCUGUCCAUAGAACAAUAAAAUCCGUAAGACCCAUCGCUAAUUCGCAGAAUCAAAUGAUUGCCACUAUACCCACUGUAGAAUUCAACCGUCCUCUAUCACCACAAACUCAAAAAAUAGUAAUCAAGGCUAACACAGGAACAGCAGAAAUCGUCAGAAAACUUCCGUCCACGAUCGUAACACCGGCCACCAGUCCUACUUCUCCCAAGACCCAAACUAAAGGAGCUUAUGUUAAUAUGCAAGAUACCGGAACGAAUCCUACUCACGAAAAAGAACGAGUACAGAGUCCGACCAAGCAAUUUCCAAAAUUACCUGUUGCCUGUUCAGAAAACGUCCAGACUAGUCCACAAAAUAUGUAUCGUUAUGGAGAACAGUUGUUGGACAUGGACGCAAAUCGAUAUAUUUCUAAUCAGUAUUAUUUACCACGUGGUUCUUCUAUGUACUCCACACUGCCUUCCAAGAAAACGCAAUUUUUCACCAACGAAACAAAAACGGAGAGAUCUGUUACACCUGAUAUAACCAGAGGCCUAGAAAGAAGUAUCAAUUUUGACCAAAGAAAUAUUUAUAAAACAGAACAUACUAUGCUUAAUCAAAGAUUAGGUAUUCCAGUUCAAAUGCCAGAUAUUAACCGACUAAACCUUCACUUCAUGCCUUCUUACACUCCACAAAAAAAAGAUCCACGUGUAUCUUUUCAAUACCAAUCAGGCGAUGAUCCAGAAUCACUGAAAAUAUCUCCUAUAGAUCCUAGACACUCAGGAAGCUUUCAGUCUUCAACGCCUUCAUCAAAAGGUGAUCUGAGAGCUGCAACAAAUCUAGAAAAUAAAUUGUUGUCGCCGAAAAAAUCUACUAUGUCUAACGAAGAGUUAUACGCCGUUAUUCAUAAAAGUAAGAAAAAAAUGAAUAUAGAAACAGAAGAAUCACCAAGAGCGUCACCGUUAACAGUAAAAGAAACUUCGAAAAAAACUAUUAAAUCUCCUGAAACUGGUUACAUAGGAGAUAAAUCUAAAUCAAGGUUAAGUUGGUCACCUAGUAAAGGAGAAUAUAUAGAUUUCAACGAAGAUAUAGAUAAACUUUCUCCUCCAAAUGAUUCCAGAUCUAGACAAAGUUGGGCUUGCAGUGAUCGGAAACCAAAAACAAAACAAACUUCUACGUUAGAUUUCAAAAGGUUACUUUUACAAAAAUCGAGUACAAACUCCCCCAAAAAGCUUUCUGCUGUUGAACAACUUAAGCUUUCUAAACAACGAGAUAAACCCGCUCCAUCUAAGCCUCAACCAGAGAUGAGUAUAUUAGAUCUAAGCGCUUCUCCGCGUAGUUUAGUGAAUAGAAAGUUUUCAAAUAACGCUCCAGGAUCCCCAAGUCGAGAGCAAAAAUCUUUGACGAAAGUUCUAUCGCCCAGGUCUCAAUGGCGAUUCAAUAGUCCAAGAAGUGACGUUCUCUCUUCACCAAUUCUCGAAGAUUGCAGAGAAGACGAGAGUCCAAAUAGUUCUAGCGAUAGAAAAGGAUCUCCAAAGAAUCGUAAUUCAAAUUCUAGUAAUGAAAGCUCACCAAAAGGUAUGCCUAAGUUAUCUGCAGAACCUCAUCCAUACACUUCAGCUACUCAAAGACUUUAUGCUCAGAGAGCUCAAUAUUUUAGUCCCAUCACUUCAAGGAAUAUCCAACUCAACAAUCAAGAGAAAGAAAAGAAGUCUUCGCCACCUACUUUAGAAACUGCGUUUUAGUAUUAGGUUUUUUGUAUUUUUUAUGUAGAGUGUUGUCAAAUGUACGUUAUGUCAUUUUAAAAAUUAGUCAAUACAGCGAUUUCCGUUCGUUAAAUUUAGCAAUGGAAAAAAUUCAUAUCAUAGUCAUAUAGUUUGGUGUCGUAAAAAAUUUAACUCGACUGUUUUCACUUGAGACAUAUUUGUAUUUUCUAUAGAAUUUCUUUGGUUUUGUACCUAACAUCUAACGUUAGACUAUUUAGCAAAUUUAAUUAUUUGUAGUAGCCCCUAAAGUUUACAUAAACUUUAAAGCUAUGAAAAUGAGCUUUGUCUUAAGAAGUAUCCAGUUACUACUUUUAUUUGGUUUUAAUUCAUGAAAAAUAUUAUUAAUUGUUAUUAAAUCUCUAAUCAUUUUGUCAUAAAAGUAUUAUAAAUACAUAGAACGGUUCACGAUUUUUUGAUAAAGGUUUUUUUAACCUCCCAAAAAAUAAAUAAUUUGUUUUUAUCUUUCUUAUAACCUGUAAUUGUUUCUUAGAAACUUUAGAAUAGGCAAUUACUUGUAAAUUUCCUCGAGUUAUUUUUUGCAUAUGCUUCACUGAAAGAUUUCCAAAACAUUCAUAAAAUAAAUUCUUAAUUUUUACAGUUGUAUUGAAAUUGUACAAUAAUCUUUCAAUGUCAUAUUUUUUCCUCUUUUACUGCCCCUAUUAUUUCUUCACUAUAUUUAGGAGUCUUUAUUUUAAGCCUGUCUCUAUUUUCUCAUUUGUGUUCAUAUUAAAAAUUGACAGCCUUGCAUGGUUUAAAAGAAAUCAAUUAUUCAGUAUCACAUAAUCCAGCUGUAGAAACAUGAAACAAAGUGGGAAAACUUGAAAUGUAGUGUCUAGAGCAACAGGUUUCCUGAAUAGUACUGUAAGAAUGUUUGCUUUUUUUUACACCCAACUCUUGCGCUUUCAUUUGUUUUUCACAAGAUGGUGUCUUCAUUAAAACUUCCAUCCAUUCCUUAUUGUCUACCAUAUAAUAAAUAAUAAUUCACUAAAGUAAUGAUAAAUUAAGAAGGGGUUGAAUAAACUUUUUAAAAACGUGUGUAAAGGAAAGUGAGCUUUUCUGGAGAAGUUGUGAAAAGGGCAUAUGCGAGGAAUGUUAUAAAAAGGAAGAGGUCUGAUUAGCUGAUGGAAAAGUAUAGAGAAGAUUGCAUGCAAUAAUGAAAUUAAUGGUUGCCUACCCAAUAGGGUCGGUGUCAAAGGUAUUUCCGAACAAGUACAAUAUGAUGAAAUCAGCAUACUCAAAUAGACUACCUAAAAGCCAAUAAUAUAUAAUGAAAUAUUCACUAAAAAGUAUAUAUAUUAUAUCAAGUAAACAUAAGUGAUGUUAGGUACCAAUAAAUUCUCGUCAUUUUUGUUUACAAACAUUCAAAACAAAGUUUGAUAAAAAAGAUAUUUUCAUUUUUUUUCUGCCACACUAAUGAAUAAUCAUAAUUAAUUUAAUAUUAACUGUUUAGGUUUAUUGCUGGAAUUUAAUUUAAUUACUACUACAAUGUUUUAAUAUUGUAAGCUGUUAUUUUGAUACAUUGUGUAUAACAGAUGUUUUGAAUUGACAUUUUUCAAACACUCUACAAUUUUUUUUUAUAAGAGUUUGUUUUAUUUAUUCGUUUUAUCUCUAGUCCUCGAAAUAUUUUUCAUUUUUAUAGAAACAUAUAUUUCAGUUAAUGGAAUAGGCUGUAAGUUUUUGAGAAUGUACAAAUCAGAAAAGGUAGGUAUUUGUAAAUACAUUUUUUGGUUAUGCUUUCCGAUACACAGAAUAUUUUAGUGAAGUUGCCUUAAAUUAUUGUUAAUCUUAAUAUAUUGGUUUUGUAAAUAAAUGUUUUAAAAUGGC